AUGGUUUUCAUACUACAUAAUUUCGCAUGUUGCACCAUAUUAUUCAAGCAGGUCAAUCCAACAUUAACGCAAGAGCAGCUCAUAUCUUAUUGUAGAAGUGUUGAUAUUGACGUCAUGUCAUACAGCCCGUUUGGUUUUAUGGUGUCCAGAAGAAAAGAAAACAAGCUUUCACCCAGAUUCGAUGAUCCGGAGUUGACGAAAAUUGCCGAAAAAUAUGGAAAAACUACAAGUCAAGUCGUACUCCGUUAUUUGAUUGACCGAGGAACCAUUCCGAUACCGAAAUCGACAAAUAAGGAGCGAAUAAUUCAAAACAUCGACAUAUUCGAUUUCAGUUUAACCGAAGACGAAAUUGCUAAUAUAAAUAAGUUUAACAAGAAUAUAAGAGUUGUAGAUAUUGUUGAAUGGAGAGAUCAUCCUUACUAUCCGUUUAACAAAGCCUAA